CACCGGCGCUGGCCAACAUCGACAAGUCGAGGCGCAGCCGCUCCCGCAAGAAGAAGAAGCGCAGCCGAUCGCGCAAGCGCAGGAGGAAGAGCAGUUCGAGCUCCCGCAGCCUUUCGAAAAGUCCAGUGCAAGCAGCCUUGGACGGUCUUCCGCAG